CUUUGCCGAAAGAAGUUCUUUGGAAUCGCCCAAAAAGCGUCCCCGACUCGACGCUGAAGGGUCAAACGGCAUUCUGUCAGACGACGUCGACAAAGAAAUUGGCGUUUUACCGGCUAGCCAUGAAAUCAACUCACUUUAUUCGCCGAGAGGUCAACAUUUUGAAGGAAAACACCCCGUCAACUUCGACCCCGAAUCUGGCGCUGGAUUCGAACACGAACUUCCGUCGGACGCAACCCAACGCGAUAACCUCGACAACGUCCCAUCGCAUUUCGAUAACGAUUUUCUUCCAGCACAAACAGAUUCAUGUGAGCGUGACCACUGCCUUCCAUGCCAAACGUCUUCCAGCAGUCCACCAGCCUCAGACACUAAUGCCUCAACGGGUCGGGGCAGCUCUGAUUGUGUGGAGAGUGAUGAAGACAAAGAAGAUGACAGCAGCUCUGGUAGUGGGGAAGGUAGUGUAGCCUCCUUGGACGAGGAAGAUCUAGAUCUUGGCCUGGGGGAGUGUGAGCUGGAACAGCCAAAAGGUCCCAUGGGAUGGCUGCAGCGGCAGAUGAUGUCGGGCGCGCAUCCCCGCGCCAUUCUGGCCCGCCUCCUGCCCACUGUCUCUGCCUCCCUGCCCGAGGACCUGGACGAGUUUGAGGUGUGGUCCAUUAUCGCUGACUACUUCCAGAUGCUGCGGGAGCCUCCCCGCCGCAAGAAGCUACCGGAUGUUAACACGUUCGAUGAUGCCCUGAACCUGCUGCGGGUCUCCAAGAGGAUUAUGGUGCUAACAGGAGCUGGGGUGUCAGUGUCCUGCGGCAUCCCCGAUUUCAGGUCCCGAGACGGCAUCUACGCCAGGCUAGCCGUUGACUUCCCUGACCUGCCUGACCCACAAGCCAUCUUUGAUAUCCACUACUUCCGACGGAACCCAAGACCCUUCUUCAAAUUUGCCAAAGAAAUCUACCCUGGCGAGUUCAGACCCUCCUCUUGCCACAAGUUCAUUGCCCUGCUGGAGCAGCACGGCAAGCUGCUGCGUAACUUCUCCCAGAAUAUUGACACCCUUGAGCAGGUGGCCGGAAUCACCAGGGUCCUCCAGUGCCACGGCUCCUUUGCCACCGCCCGCUGUACCAACUGCAACUACCAGGUCGAUGCCGAGGCCAUCCGAGCCGACAUCUUCAACCAGACGGUACCCCUCUGCCCGCGCUGUCCCCAGGACCCGGAGGUGCUCGCUGUCAUGAAGCCUGACAUCGUCUUCUUUGGGGAGGGGCUACCCAAGGACUUCUACCACUGUUUGGAGGAGGACAAGGAACAAGUGGAUCUACUCAUUGUCAUUGGGUCGUCACUUAAAGUGCAGCCGGUUGCUACCAUCCCUAAUACCAUACCUGGUCACGUGCCCCAGAUUCUUAUUAACAGGGAGCCACUGAACCACAUGAACUUUGACAUCGAGCUGCUGGGUGACGGUGACGUGAUCGUCAACGAGAUCUGUCGUCGACUGGGUGAGAGCUGGGAUCAGAUCUGCGACGGCAAAUCCUUGGUGGAGACGUCAGAAAUGCCUGUCGUGCCUGACGAGGACAGCUGCAACUCUGCAGACGACGAGGCUGAAAUGGCAGUGACUGCAGAAAAGCUCGAGAGAGGAUUUGAAGUUGCCGACAGCACCAGCUGGAUCAGCGGAUCUGAACGACGGCAAGAGGAGGAUCACCAUUUAAAUGAGGAGCAGGAUGUGUUUCAAGAAGUUGGAGACAAGUCUAAGGCUGGAGAGACUAUGAACUCUAGUGCUCCAGAGAAAGUUGUUCCAGGCCCACUGGGGCUUCCAGAAACUCCGGAGUCCAAUAACGUAGGACUGACAGGCAAAGCAGCAGCAGAAACCAACAUAUCUACUUCAGGCAAUGGGCGUCUUGAUACUUGUACAAGUGAAAUGGCCGGAUCCCAACAGGAAAAGAGACUGUCCCAAAAAUUUAGAGAAACGACUGAUCAGCUGCACCCUCCUAGGGAGCCCAACUCCAAGCUUCUUCGAGACCAGGAUUGUCGGGACAAAGCCCAAGAAAGCAAUGGUGCUCAAAACUCUGACAUUUCCAGCACGGUAUAUGAGGAUGGAAGCAGGACUCAGGACACUGAAGCCAGUGUUCAGUCAGCAGAUAACAUUGUCCUCGCAGAAAGUGGGCAGAGUGAAAUCAGUGAGACCAAUGAGGCUUUGAGUCAGGAGGCUGAAAAUAGCGGCAAAGCUAGUGGUCGCGAGAUGCCCGGCGAUGCAAGCAGGUCACAAGAUGUCACUGCCAUCUUAAAGACAAAAGAUGAGACAACUCCUAGUGAAGCCCGUUCCAGAAGAAAGCGGCGAAGCAGCAUUGCCUUGUAUCUAGAAGCAUCCUCCUAUCUCUUUGUACCUCCAAAUCGCUACAUCUUCCACGGCGCUGAAGUCUUUCCCCCAUCCAAACCAGCAAGCCCCCACACUGUCUAUACCGAUGGCCCAGACAGUGACAGGCACAGCCCUGGACAUCCAGAGAAUCGACACAGCGGUGACGAUGACAGUGCUUCCCAUCUCGCGGACUUUGUCGACCACAGCGAAACGCCGUCCACCAGCAAUGUCUUGAUGGACGACCUCCUGCAGGGGGAAGCUCUGCCGAAAUCAGAGGGCGCUGCGGUGCACUGUGGGAUAGAUGCGACACACGGCCGCAACACCAGUCACUUUCUACGAGAUGAGAAGCUGCCAACAGCCGAAAAUUCUGAGCUGCCACCUGUGAAGGACUCACAGCGCAGUCAGGACAUUUCCCCGGCCAUUCACAAUUCGUUGUUGUUGCUGGAAAAUUCGGCAUUCCGUGCUGAAAAAGACGAAGCUGUCUUACCUUGCUCCGAAAAAGUUGACUUUAGGUGAGUUGACUCAGAAAGAUGUAAUGUACCAAAAGCUGGAGCAUGUUUAGUCCUGUGUAAACAUAUGAAGAGACAAAAGACCAAAUGUUGACCUUGGUACGUUGCAACCACUUUUCUUCCCCAAAUAGCAUCAAAUCAAAGUUUUCUGUAUAAAGCUCUUCAUUUUGACAAGAACUGUUUGGUGUUGAUAGCCGUAAGGUCUGAAAGUGCCCACAGAUUCAAUUUUUUCCAAAAAGCAAUGUGAAAAGUGAGACCACAUCCUCCCUCCCCACCCAAAAAAAAGGCAUAAGCCUAGAUUUACCCAAACCCGCGGCAAUCCCUGGCCUCAAACUGCGCAAGGUAUUUUAGGAUUUGGUAAGAUUCAUUGCAGACAGUGAAGUGUGCAGGAUUUGUCAUGGGCGUCCUUCAAAGUGGGAAAUUACGGAGGGUUCUGGGAGGAUAUGUGCUAGCAAAAGAUGCCUGGCAAGUUGGUUUCAGCAUCUGAAAGUCGUCACAACCCUCUUGUGAAAGCAGAGAGGUCAUUUUUCAGGUUUUCAAAUUUGAGGCUGAGAUAAACUCUGGCUGAACUGUUGAUUCAAGGAUUGACCACCUGAAUUGGCCACUUAGAACCAGAGAUAUAGCAACAGUAACACUCACAAUGUAUUCAAGCACCAUACCAUGCAAUUAAAUCCUAUUGGCCAUUCGGAGUUUUUAUAUUCUGCAUUUGACUUUGACGUUUGACAUAGUAAGGAUAUUACUACUUUCAAACUGUCUGCGAAACAGAUUAACAACCUACCAAUAUAUUCAGAUAUUCUUGACUGGUAUUACACCUGACGUUUACAAUGAACAGACCUACUGACAAGUUUUGUACCAUACUUGCAAGUCACUGACCCCGUGAAGUGGUGUAGACAAGACAUACCGUACCAUUCUACACCCAUGAAAGUUAAUAAUGAACAGUGAUUUCUCCGUUACACUUUGUUACAGAAUUCUCAGACAAAUACCCCUCUCAUAGCUGAUUCAGAGUGUCUUUAUGUAUGUACAGAAAUAUUUUUUGAAUUUUUUAACUUUUUACCUCCAGUGUACAUAGAAAUUGUAAAUACUCUAAAUCGUUCGCAUUAUACAAAGAGGAGGCAUUGAUUGUAUUAAUUACACAAAGUGUGAAUUAGUUGCACUGUAGCUGUAGAUUUUGAAGUAUGAGUGAUAACAUGUAGUGUUCAUAUGGGUUAAUUUCAUAGAGCUGCUUAAGCACGAAAUUUGCUUAUUGAGCGCGAGAAAACCUUGCUUGAUAAAUCAGGUAACCUGCCACAACUCCAUGUGGUGUAUAUUGUUCAGGGAUCAUAUUUAGCUGUCUUUUGGUUAGCAUGACAAUCAGGUAGAGUUUGAGCUGGUAACCCUUUGUUUUCUUAAGCAAGUUUUUUCAAGCUUAAGCAAAUUUUGUGCUUAAGCAGCUCUAUGAAAUUGGCCCAUGUAUGUGUGUUGUGUGAUAUCUAAAACCUCUUCUGAUUUAGAUACGUGUACCAGAAAUGACCCGAGAGGGUAUCAGGGACCCAACGUCACAGUGUCGUUGUUGAUAAAUGCAGCGUCAUAGUAUCGCUGUUGUUCGGCAAACAAACAUGCUAAGCAAGAGAAAUGAGAGUCUGCUAUGUGGUGUAGCUUUUAAAUUACAAGUGUUGCUUAAGCAUCAGCAGAGAAUCAACCAAAAGGUGCGAUCAUAUGCAAUUUUAAGUUUGGGUCGAGAAUACUGAGUUAAUGUAGAUGUGCAAGUACCUGUAUAUGUAAUAUGCGCCCCUCAUGGUCUGCUCACGAGGUCCAUAGAAUUGAAACAGUGAUUCUAUUACUUUUCAGUCUUUGUAUUUGUGCAUAUAGUGUAAUUGGACCACCAGAAUUAGAAUCCAUUACUGCGGUGGCGCAACGCUCGUGGACAGGUGUUACGCGCGCAUUAUAUGCCUC